GCAGAGGCAAUACUGUACAAAUGUCAGGAAAAUCUUCAAAGAGUGUUUGAUGUGUUGGAGUUUAUUUAUUUUAUCCAUAUUUUAUUGUGUUAAAGUAUAGUGGAUACAAUAUCAAACAUGACCUCGUUUGACUCUAAAUACGAUAUGUACCCUGCAGGGGAUGUAGGGGUCGUAGAGGGAGAGAUGAACAUCCCCACCAGGGGUGUACCUUCAGGAGACAGUAUGGAGUUUAACACUCUAGAUGAACCCAUCAAAGAAACAUUUCUUCGAGAUCUGAGAGCAGUGGGAAAUAAGUUUUACCAUGUACUAAUUCCUAGAGAGAAGUCUAGCUUGUUAAAGGAAUGGGAUCUAUGGGGUCCUUUACUGCUGUGCACCCUGAUGGCCACAAUCCUGCAAGGUACAGAGGUAGCUGACAACACUAAUGAUGGUGGCCCAGAGUUUGCUGAAGUAUUUGUAUUAGUUUGGAUCGGAGCUGCAGUUGUUACGUUAAAUUCUAAGCUGCUUGGUGGUAACAUCUCGUUCUUCCAGUCAGUGUGUGUGCUGGGAUACUGCAUGUUCCCGGUGGCUCUGUCACUAGUGGUGUGUCGCGUGAUACUCUUCACCACGCAGACCACCUUCCUCUUCUUCCUGAGGCUCGUCAUAUCCAUGAUCGGAUUUAUUUGGGCCACAUUUGCUGCGACAAAGUUCCUGGGCGACAGUCAGCCGGAGGGAAAGAAAGCGUUGGCAGUAUACCCCAUCUGCCUGUUCUACUUCAUCCUAUCGUGGCUCGUCGUCUCGCACAGUAACGUGUAGGACAUUGUGAUACAGACUGUCUAGUGGCUA